AUGGAUUCAUCAGAGCCACCAUUUCAAGAGACCUACAAGACCUUCCUCGAAAGCUGCACUAGCUAUGAGAAUGAUGACGUCAUCGUGGAGGAGUGUGAGCUGCCGGUGGUGGAUCUCCGGCGGUUAAGCGGUGGGGAAGAGGAGAGAGAAGAGUGCGAAAGAGAGAUAGCGAUGGCUUCAAGAGAGUGGGGGUUUUUUCAAGUGGUGAGCCAUGGGAUUUCAAGUGAGGUUCUGGAGAAAAUGAGGGCUGACCAGGCGAGGGUCUUCAGGCGGCCGUUCCGAGAGAAGUCUGACGACUGGAAGAUGAAGUUGGCAGCCGGGAGCUACCGGUGGGGGACGCCUUCAGCCACCAGCCUCAGACAGUUGUCUUGGUCUGAAGCGUUUCAUGUUCCUCUUUCUAAUAUGUCUGGCUACUCUAGUCUCAGUUCAGCCAUGGAAGAGUUUGCCAGGAAAGUCUCGAAGCUGGCACAGAAGCUGGCCGAGAUUUUGGCUGAGAAAAUGGGCCACAGGUCGACUUUCUUCAGAGAAAAUUGUUUGCCAAGCACAUGCUAUCUCCGAAUGAACAGGUACCCGCCAUGUCCAAUACCUGCUGAUCUCUUUGGCCUCAUUGCGCACACUGACAGCGACUUCCUCACCAUCCUCCACCAAGACGACAUCGGUGGCCUCCAGUUGGUGAAAGAUGGCAAAUGGAUAGCUGUUAAACCUAACAAAGAAGCACUAAUCAUCAACAUUGGUGACUUAUUCCAGGCAUGGAGCAAUGGUGUUUACAGGAGUGUUGAACACCGGGUGGUGGUGAACAAGACGGCGGAGAGGUUUUCUACGGCGUAUUUCUUCUGUCCAUCGUACGAGACAGUGAUAGAGAGUUGUAUUGAGCCUUCGGUAUACAAGAGGUUUAGCUUCGGACAAUUCCGACAGCAAGUCCAGGAAGAUGUAAGAAAAUUUGGUUAUAAGAUUGGGCUUUCCAGGUUUGUUGUUUGA